CACGAUUUAUCGUCAGUAUCAUUUCGACGGCGUCUGAAGCAACGUUUCGACCAGUCCAACCAGUUUUGAACUAUAGCGUAAUUUUUUUUUUCGCGUGUCAAACAAUUCAGAUUGGGACGAACGAUAUGGCACAUGUGAAACGCGGCUCAGUUGCAAUCAUUGCACUGUUUCAGCUGAUCUGCUACGCAGCUACCAGUGAGGCAGGUGCUGACACGGAUCAAGUACGGGAGCUCUUCAUUGAACACGAGGUGAUUCCAGACGUUGUGGAUGCAGCCCCAAAGGAACUCGCAAAGAUCACUUACGGUAGUGGAGUCACCGUAAAAGGUGGAAAUGAGCUAACCCCAACUCAAGUUAAAGAUCAACCCAAAAUCGAGUGGACGGCCGACCCAAACGCAUACUACACCCUCUUCAUGGUAGAUCCAGAUGCCCCAAGCCGAACGGAUCCCAAAUUUCGCUCCUUCUGGCACUGGUACGUGGGUAACAUCCCCGGAGACAAAAUUGAUGAGGGCGAUCACAGGAUUGCGUUUAUUGGUUCGGGACCACCGCAAGGCACUGGACUGCAUCGAUAUGUGUUUCUAAUUUACAAACAGAAUGGGAAGAUUGAUCUGUCCGAUGCACCACGCACCUCCGAACGCAGCUCGAACAAUCGGAAGAACUUCCAGCACAAGGAUUUCGUGAGCCGGUACAAAUUGUCAGAGCUAGUGGCCGGUAAUUUCUACAGAGCACAGUUCGAUGAUUAUGUACCAAAGCUGCAUGCGCAGCUCUCCUCCGGUACGGAGUGAGAACUCCAUCCGAAACGUAUCGGUUUGCAGCAUAAUAAACGUGCGAUACAAAAAAUAUGAGUAAAAAA